AUGGAUCUGGCGAUUAGGGUUAAUUGCGGCGACAAGGCUGUUCGAUCCGUCGAUUCGGGGGCUGGUACUGAAGAACCGCUUGAUGGAAGCGAAGGUAAGCGAUGUCUUAUGGUCGACCGCGAGCACUCUGCGGCGAGUGGUGGCGAUGGAGGCGUUGGGCAUCUUGCGCGCGACUCUCGUCCGGCCAAGAUUGGGCCCGCCGGAAAGCGCUCGAGCAACUCCGAGGCUGCGGGGCAGUCAUCGCGAAGAUCUGUUCCUUCGCCGACCGAGCGACUGACUCCGUUCCGUUUUUGUUGUGAUGGAACAAUUGAAAAACUUCCAGAUCUGGCCCCGUCGUUUGAUCGGUCGCGGGGACUAGAUGGGCAGGAUUGGGGUGACGUUGCCCCUACUCAUUCUACUUUGGAAGGGGUUUCCUUGUUGAUGGAAGCGAACCGAGCAUCCGGCGUCACUUUCAUGAUCCCGAGAUCAGAUCAGCGUCCGUGGAGUCCGCCGGUCGGAUACUGCUGUGUUUACGAAUCAUUUUUCGGGGAGGACUCGAGGUUGUGGUUUCCGAUUCCUCGUUUGAUCACCUCCUAUUGUUUUCGGCGAGGGAUCGCCAUGAGUCAGCUUAUGAACGGGGCGAUCAGGAUCGCUGUUGCGUUGAUGGUUAUGGCGGCGGAGAUUGACGUGUCGUUGACCGUUCGCAUUUUCGAGGAACUAACACAAGUUCAGCCAAAACCAAAUGGGCUUUACUCAGUGCAGAUGAGGUCGGUUGGUCAUCCAAACACCUUUGGUCCUUGGGACGCUUUUCGGAGGGACUUACCGAAGAUUGUCGUGCUCCGAUCCCAAGAGUGGAAGGACUUUGACCGCAAAAGAAUUCGUCGUCAACGAAGACGCAUCGCUAACGUCGAUUGGGCGGCGGACAUUCCUUGCGAGGAACCGAAGGGGAAGAAAAGACUAAAACUUCCGAUCAUGGGAACUCCUUCUAGAGUGUAUCCAGACUACAGCGAGAUCUUGGCUGCUCAACUGAGGGACGCAAACUUCUGCCCUUCAGCGAACAUGGAUGGGACGGGCAGCGCAGUUGCGGAUACAUCGAUCGAUCGGGCGCCAGCGCCGGUGAUCGUUACAGUUGAUUCUGGCGUCGAGGGACCCGUUGACGUUCGUCCGCCGAAGAAAAAGAGAAAGAGGACUAAGUCUUCCAAAGAGGUGACGGCUGACCCUCCUUUGGAUGGAGAUGAAACUGAGGCUGCUCAAACGCAACUCGAACCAAUGGGUGGUGACGAGGUGGAAGAAGGUGAUGAAGUUGCUCCCAUAGAGGGUUUUACGGGUCCGCCCGGAGAUGAGUCGUCGGGAGGGGAGGCCCGGGAGCCUGGUGAGGUGACUCGUCCGAUCGACGGUGGGAUGCAGACAACUCUAUCUGUUUCUGAGUUUGCGUUUGCAGACAAAUUUGCUGAAUCACUUCGUGCGGAUGCGGAGGCUGCUGCUCGGAAGAAUGCUCUCGUGAUGGAAUACAAAAAAGCUUUGCAGAAGUUGACAUUGGAUCUUAAGGAAGCGGAAGGGACGAUCAAGAUAAAAGAGGCUGGGCUUGAAGCGGCUAGAAAGGAGAAGCACGAUAGGGAUAAGGAGCUGGCCGCUGAGCGAGGUCGCUAUUCCCGCGAGCGUCGGCAAGCGAUCCAGACGGCCGCGGAUCUUGAGGAGAAGUUAGAGACCGCCCGAGACAUAAUUUCUCGGCUAGAGGCGGAGAAGGUCGAGGAACUUGAGAAGACGAAGAGAGCGAUGGAUCGCACGAGACAAUCUCGCAAUCGCGAGCUUUUAUCCGAGAGAAGUUGCGUGGUUGCUGCGGCUAAUAGGCGUUUCGACAAAUUUCGGAAGUAUAUUGCCGAUCGAGAUGAAAAGGAGGAGAAGCGUCUACUCCAUGGUACAGCUCUUGGAACCUUGGACGCGUUGAGUUUAUUGGAGACCAAGGGACUGUCUGUCCCGCAACAACUAAAAGAUCUUUUGACUGCUAACGAGGAGAAGUUCAGGAAAGAGGUAGAAAACGUUAGUGUUGAAGUUAUCGCGGAGCGCGAUCUUGCUCUCUCACCUCCUCGUAGGGACUUGCUUCCUUAUGGGAACCAGUUUGGAUCAACCUUCGGCACCGUUGAUUCUGAUUCUGCGAUGGCUCUUCGAUCUCCUUUCCUUUGUGGUGAGAGUUCGACCGCUGCUCUGGAUCCGGCCGUUGCCUGUCGAUCGGCGGCUGUCACGUCCGAUGGUCGUGCGGUUACUCAGGACAGUCUCGGGGUUCCUGCGCCUGCGAGGGUCGCGGAAGCAGGAAGUGUUGUUUCGUCGGAAGUAGCCAUUGAAGAAUAG